AUGGCUAGAAGUCUGGGGAGAGGGGAUGGUGAUGAUUCUGACGUACCCACGGACUCGCCUGCGAACUCGCCUACGAUACUAGAGGCAGAGGCUGCUGUAGCUGGGGAUAAGCCCAUGGUAGAUGCAGAUGCACAAGACAUCGGUCCAGAGACAAACACACAGAAUAUUGGUGCACAAGAUGCUGCAAAUGAGCCUGAGGGAUUUCCUGGUGGACCCAGGAACCCAUCAGUGCUUACAGAGUAUGCUGACCAUGUUGCGGCCAGUGUAUGGUCUGGACAGGAACGUCCUGAGUUGAAGUUAUCCUCCCAUGGGAGGAAGGUGCAUAACUUGGGCAGGCCUAUUCCUGCAAUUGAGGACAUGGUUGCUGGGACAGGAUUAAGUCCUUUGAUCGCGUGUUCAAUAGACACCGGCGAUCGAGGACUUAUAUCCUCCUUUUUUGAGAGGUGGCACCGGGAGACUUCUAGUUUUCAUCUUCCUGUGGGAGAGGUUUCGAUCACGUUGGACGACGUCGCGUCUCUUCUCCAUCUGCCUAUCGUUGGCGCAUUCCAUGACUUCCAACCUCUACGCACCGACGAGGCGGUGCUGCUGUUGGUUGAGUUACUGAUGGUCUCAACAGAGGUGGCCAUGGCCGAGAUAGGCCAAUGUGGUGGACCAUACUCCCUGCGUGAUCUCACUCUUGCUGGGCGGUAUGCAUGGGGAGCUGCUGGCCGCAUCCAUAUGUACGAUCAGCUUAAUGAUGCCAGUCUCAGCACCACUCGACAGCUUUCUAGUUACAUCACCUUGUUGCAAUGUUGGAUAUAUGAGCACUUUCCGUCAGUUGCGGAGUGCAAUGCUGAUCCAGACUAUGACUAG